AUUGCAUUUUUGUUUGGGGGGUUUCUCUCCUACUUUUUACAACAUAAACAAGAGAAUGAAAUAUUGUCGUAGUUAUGGGAAGAUUACAAGACAACCAGUACGCACCUUUAAUUCGAAAGCAGAACCAAGACAACACCAAAGUCAAAGAAGAGAGAGCGAACAAUGAGGCUAAAUUGCAGGCAACCUUCUGUCCGCCACUAGACCCCUCGCUUAUCCAAGCCAUUUGGAACGAUUCGUAUAAUUAUGAUGCUUCGUUCGAGAUACUAUCCUCAUUAGCUAAGGAUGCUGACCAAACACUUGAUCAACAAGACAUGAUGCAAGCCAUGGAGCAACUCGAGCUGGACGAAUCAACUACAACGACCACCACCACUGAGGGUGAAGAUGAAAACGUUAAUUUCUUACUCAAUUGUUUUCCUACAUUGCCACUGGACGAAUUAGUCGAUGCUUUGAAAUCCCAAGACAAUGAUGUUGAAAAGGCAACCGAUUUGCUGCUUAGCCGAGAGUUCCUUCAAGAGGCAGAACGCGCAGGUGGUGCUGUUCUCGACAAGUCUCAAAACGAAAAUAUGUAUUAUACACGCAAGGACGACGUUUCCAAUAAGAAGAAACCCAAAAAUAACAAGAAAAAGAAGGGUACGGUCUGGACAUCCGGACAAUUACCUAAUACACAAGCAAGUGCGCCAAGAAUCGUAGACGAUGAUCCGUAUGCAGAGUUGGCCACAGUGCCAUUUAAUUGCUGGCAUCAAUAUGAUGCCAUUGUGAAUUCUAUCCAGUGGUAUUUUCCCAAUGUUCCCAAAAUCACCGUGGCAACCUGUGUACAGCAUUGCCGUGGUAACAUCAUUGCAUCCGUCAAAAUGAUUAUGGAAAAGCACCCGGAGGAGAAACCAGAACAUGAAUUAAGUUGGUCAUCCCUCAAAGAGUUAACCAGUGUCAAAGAAGAAUUAGAAGCCAUUAUGGUAGACCGUACACCUGAUGAUGUAUAUCGUGUCUCAGUAGGUGUGAUCAUCAAAUUCGAGGGAAAGAACGUGUCUACGGAGCAUAUGGUUCAAGACGGAAUUGAACAUUUUUUAACGUUUGAUGUGAAUCAGAUGGAAUUGGAAGCCAGACUUAAGAAAAUGGCUAAAGAGUCAGAGACGAUUAGAAGAACAAAGCAAAAGAAUGGCAUGCCUGUGAUACCCGAUUAUUUACUUAUAAAUAACCAACAAGACUAUCAAGAUGAUGAUCCAGAAGAAUGUAGAGAUAUUGCCAUGCAAUUGAUCAUGGAAAGAAACGAAUUAUUUCGUAAAGCAGCAUCUGCUUAUAGACAGUCCAAGAAUAAAGGACCAGGUGAAGGCGGUAUUGCCUUUUAUUACUCUGAUACGGCAAGACAAAUUGAUAGUCGCGCUAAGGAUUGGAAUAUGAGAGCGGCCAGAGCCACCGUGCGUGGACAUAGAAUCCGCCAAAAUGACGAUCAUUUAUUGGAUCUCCAUGGCCUGACUGUGGCCGAGGCACAAGUGCUUGUGAAGGAAGGUGUUACACAAUGGUGGUCAAGAAGUCAAAUGCAAUCUGCACGUCGUCAGUUUCAGCCAUUGAAAAUCGUGACGGGCGUAGGUAAGCAUUCUCAUGGAGGUGAAUCCAAAUUACUACCUGCUACUACAAAGUGGUUAAGAAAAGAAGGUUGGCUAUUCGAAAUGACCAACCCAGGUUGCAUAUACGUCAAAGGAGUUGUAAAUAAAAAGUAAAGUUUUUUUUUUCUUCUUUUUCUUCUUUUCUUUAUUCAAAAUGUCCUUACU